AUGGAAGCGGAACGUGAUAGAGUGGUGAUGGAAGCCGAAGCAAAGAAGUCUGAUAAAGCUAGUCAGGAACAAGCGAAGAGAAUUCGAGAAGAGUACGAGCGAAAGCUGGCUGACAUGAGAAAUGAAUUCCGUAAGCUGCAAAUGGUUGAAAGGGAGCAUAAGCGCAUGCAGGCCAGACAAGAACGUGAACGCCAGGAACUGCAACGAUAUCAAGCUGAACUGAAGGAACUGAAGCGAGUUAAG